GAACUGGUGACAUUCAAGGAUGUUAUUGGACUUCUCCCGGGAGGAGUGGGAAUGCCUGGACUCUGCUCAGAGAACUUUGUGCAUUGAUGUCAUGUUGGAGAAUUACAGCAACCUGGUCUCUGUGGAAAACUAUUGCAUAUAUGAUCCUGUCCAUCACCAUGUGAAGAUUGAAAAGGAGUCUUGUCAGUGUGAUGAGCUUGACAAAGUGUUUCAUGACUCCUCCUCAUGUGCACUUCAUAGAACAAGUGAAACUACAGAAAACUCUAAUAACUACACAUGCAGUAGUCACAGGGAUGCCUCUGUUGACUCAUCAAACCCAGACAGACGUGAAAGCAUAUACACUGGAGAAGAACCUUGUCAAUCUAAAGACUGUGAGAAAUCUUUAAGUUUGUGUUCUAGCAUUGCUCAAGAUCAGAGAUUCUACGCUGCAAAGAAAUAGCACAGGCAGGGAGAAUGAUUCGUUUGUCUCCAUAUAAAGUUUUUUUGUGUGAAUUUUCAUUUAUAUUUUUGUUAAUUAUAAACAAGGGAUAAAUUCUUGAUUGACCUUUGCUAUUUCUAAAUACUUCACAUUUCAAUCUCAGAUAUUUGUCAAAAAGGACCUAAACAUACAGAGACAUUACAAGAGG